ACUGAUCUACCCACCCAUAACCUCCCUGUAUGUUCCUCCGUCGUCUCCCAUCGAUAUUCACUCACUCGACCCCAUCAGUCAGAACACGAACAAUGAGCACCGUAUACCAAGCAACCAAGCCCGAAUGGCUCGUGAUCUGCCCCGACUUUGAGGGUGCGGUGGACAAGCGCAUGGCUGUCCGUCCUCAGCACAUCGAGGCUGCGAAGGGUUUGAUGGCUGAUGGCACGAUGUCCCUCGGCGGAGGUUUCUUCGAUCACCACCCCACCCCCUCUGAGUCCGUCCCAUCUUUCCGUGGAUCGGCGUUGGUGUACGAGGCGGAGACCAAGGAGGAGGUUUUGGAGAUUGUGAAGAAGGAUAUCUAUGCGAGGGAGGGGGUUUGGGAUGUUUCUAAGAUUCAGAUCUUCCCUGUUAAGUUCGCGUUGAGGAAGUAGACGUUGGCAUGAAGAGAUAGAAAAAUACAGCUUUCGCAGAUUGAUUCAGGAG